CAUUUUGUUUAGUUCUUUGCUUUUCGCAACGCAAUUUUUUAAUAGAUUUAUUUGGAAUGCUCUGAGAAAGUUGCAUUGGACGUGUUUGACUAAAGAAACAAAAUGACCGAAACACUUACUUAUGGCCCGCCGCUAGACACGGAUGACUCGGAUUGCAGCAGCUAUGAUGGCUUCUACUUUGCCGAACCUCUGAAACGCGAGAAACGUGCUCCAUGCGUGCCACCACAACAACUGUUGUAUGAAGCACUGAUGGAGGGAAACUUGCAACUUAUGCGCGAACACAUCGAUGCGCUGAAGUUUCCUGUGGAUGGCAUCUUGCCUGGAGGACUUACAAUGCUGAUGAGUGCCUGUCGUGAGGGUCACUACGAGGUGGCCGAGUAUUUGGUCAACGAGCUCGGAGCGAAUGUUAACAAGCACGUUGACUCUAAGAUGCCGCUCAUGUUUGCCUGCGACUGCUAUGCAAAUGAUGCGCAUGUGGCCGAGCAGUUGGUGCGCCUGUUGCUUAGCAAGCGCGCCGUCAUCAAUGUGUCGGAUAAGUAUGGCAUCACUCCAUUCAUGCUCGCUUGUCGCCGGGGCUACACUAACGUUGUGCGCCUGCUCAUCGACGAGAUCAGCUUUGAUGCCACAGACAAUCAAGGCUGUACGCCCAUUUUUCAUGCCAUUGAGAAUAACCACAGAGAUAUAGUCAAGAUACUGGUGGAUGCUGGUAUAAAUACCAAUCUGGCUAACAACAAGGGAUAUACACCAAAACAGGUAGCCGAAUUCCAUGGCUUCUAUGAUCUGCUGGAGCUGCUGCCGCCUGAUCCGGCCCCCGCGUACAUAGUGCCAAACAAUUAUAUCUGCUACAACACGCUGCGGGAUCAUGUGCCGCGCAUUUUUCUGAAAACCGACUGUCCGGAGUAUUUUCAAGAGCUAGCCAGCAUAUUGAAGACUCUGGAAAUGUCAAAUAUGCUGGAGCAUUUUGCUAAAGCGCGCAUUUCACUCGCCGAAUUCCUCAUCAUGGAUGAUAAGAGAUUGCGCGAUAUUGGUAUUAAAUUUCCCAUCUAUCGGAACAAGAUCCUAAAGGGGUUACUAGACUUUCAUUUGCAUCACUGGUCGACGAAAUCAAUAGCGCGAGUUAAAAAGGACGGCAUGGAUAACUUCUAUGAGAUUCUCAUGAUCACCGCCAAUCAUUUGCAGCAUUUGGUGAUUAUACAAGCGUCGAUACGGUACGUCAUGCAAAAUCAGUUAAAUGGAAAACUUGGUCAGCCAUCAGAGAUGCAACUGUCCAGCUUGCAGAGCAAUUUAAGAGCAUAUCGCGGAGUUCUAGACGAUCUUACUAAGACGGUUAAAUAUCUUGGUUCGUUCAGCCCAUCACAAAAUCUAUUGUACAUUGACUACAACGAAGUUCUUGCCGAGCGCAAGCGACGCAAGGUGCGAAGUGUUUUUAAGUAUACGACAAUUGUUUUGGGUAUUUCUGUAUUUAUUUGCUUCAAAUGCAAAUGGUUUUUUAAGCUUUAACCAACGAACGACAAUAUAGUAUUAGUAAUCAUGAAUUUCCGUUAAUGUUUAAAUAGUACAAUGCAGUACAAAUAAUCAUAUACUAAUAAUUUCGAUAAUUCUCGAAUCAAAAUAGUUGUAGUUACAAAUGCUUUAUGAACUGU